CUUAGGGCAAGUGGGGGACACCAUGGGCUGGGCUCUGUAGUCUGGGUCCCGCCACCAGCGACACUCCAACCCGCGAUGGCUGCAGGUGUUACAGCCCGCGGCCAUCAGCAGUUGGUGCUGCUGCCGAUCCUCACCGCCGAGAUGGUUGGCCACGCCAUAAACUCCGCAUUCCCCAAGCGAGCCUCGUCCAGAAAGGUCAGCCGCAAGGUGGCCAUUCCCCUGGAGACCAUCAAGCACGGCGACAGGAUGGAUCCGCAGGAACGACUCUUCUUGGAGGCCGUGGAGAAGGGAGACAAGCACACUGUUGUACGAUGCCUUACUGGCCCGAACCCCGUGUCGGUCAACUGCACGGACAUGCUUGGCCGCUCCGCCAUCCAGAUCGCCGUGGACAACGAGAACACGGAGUUGGUGGAGCUGCUGCUGAUGCAAGAUGGCGUCAAGAUCGGCGACGCUCUGCUGUACGCCAUCAGGGAAGGCGUGUACAAGAUCGUUGAGAUGCUGAUCGAGCACCCCUCCAUCACCCGGGAAAUGCUGGGCGCUGAUUGGGCGAACGUGCGUCACAUGGGAGAGGAGAGUUUUGACUACUCCGCUGACAUCUCGCCCGUCAUUCUCGCCGCACACUGCAACCAGUUCGAGAUUCUACAGCUCCUCCUCCUCCAUGGGGCCACCAUUGAGCGGCCCCACCAGCUCUCCUGCUCCUGCAAGCGCUGCCAGGCACAGGUGCACGCGGACAGCCUGCGUCACUCGCUGCUGCGCAUCAACACGUACCGGGCGUUGGCCAGUCCCGCGUGGAUCUCGCUGACCAGCCCUGACCCCAUCCUGACGGCCUUCAAGCUGUCGUGGGAGCUAGAGCACCUGGCCCUCCGCGAGAACGAGUUCAAGGACUCCUACAUGCACCUCAGCGACCAGUGCAAGCGCUACGCCUGCGACCUCCUCGACCAGUGCCGCUCCUCCGAGGAGGUCAUCGCUGUCUUGAACAAGGUGAGCGACAACGAGCACGAAGCUGAUGACGAGGAUAACGAGAAGCUGACGUUGUCUCGCCUAAAGCUGGCCCUGAAGUACGAACAGAAGCAGUUCGUGGCCCACCCUCAUUGCCAGCAGCUGCUGACCUCCAUCUGGUACGAGGGUCUGCCCGGGUGGCGCAAGCGUAACGGCAUCAUGAAGUUCCUGACGUGCAUCGGUCUCAUCCUGCUGCUGCCCUUCAUGGCCGUCUACUACCUCAUCUUCCCGCGCAGCAAGAUCGGCCAGCUACUGCGCAGCCCCUUCAUGAAGUUCCUCUACCACAGCGCCUCCUUCGGCGUCUUCCUCUUUCUCCUCAUCUGCGCCUCCACCGACAUCGUCACCGUCUCCUCCAAGAGGGACCGCCUGCGCGGCCCGCAUCCUUCGGAGUUAGAGUGGCUCAUCGUGCUAUGGGUGACAGGGUUCGUUUGGUCCGAAUGCAAACAGCUUUGGGAGGAAGGCAUCAAAGCCUACGUCCGGCAGUGGUGGAACUGGCUGGACUUCAUGAUGCUCUCCCUUUACCUGGCCACAUUUUCCCUCAGAGUUGUCGCCUACUUCCAAAUCGAGUCUGGCAGGUAUGGCAACCGAGAGAUGGUGCGCAAGGACUGGCCCACCAACGACCCAACCCUCAUCUCUGAAGGUCUCUUUGCCAUCGCCAACGUCUUCAGCUUCGCCAGGAUCAUCUACCUGUUCCAGGCCAAUCAACAUCUCGGACCACUUCAGAUAUCUCUGGGCUGCAUGCUCAUCGACGUGGCCAAGUUCAUCUUCAUCUUUUUGGUGCUGACAUCAUUCGCGUGCGGCCUGAACCAGCUGUACUGGUAUUACAAGGACAGCCUGAACCAGGAGCCCAAGGGGCUGUUCUACACGUUGAUCAGUAGCUAUGUCACUCUCUUCUGGGCCAUGUUCUCACUGACCACUCCCACCAGCAUCGAGAUCCAGAACGGCCAGCACUUCACGCAGACCAUCGCCGAGCUGCUGUUCAUGGCCUACCACUUCAUGGCCAUCGUCCUUCUCCUCAACAUGCUCAUCGCCAUGAUGUCCAACUCCUUCCAGGAUAUCGAGAAUCACGCAGACAUGGAGUGGAAGUUUUCUCGCUCCAAACUGUGGAUGGGCUACUUUGACGAGGGCUCCACCUUACCACCGCCCUUUAACCUCAUCGUCAGCCCCAAAUCCGUCUACUACUUCCUCAUCAACUGCCACCGGGCCAUUCGCAAGUUCCUCUUCAGGAGCAGCAAGAACUCCCGCCGCCGCAAGUCUUCUGAAGGCACCAUCAGGUCUCGACAGACUGUACGCCCAUCCGAGUUUCAUGUGUUCAAGACGCACGAGAGCAUGGCUCCCUUUAGCUCUCUUAGUGAAGGCAAUGGUGAAGCUAGUAGGCCGACAUACACCGGGGAUGUCAGCGCCGCUACGCAUUCUGGGGCGCUACAGUAUCAGGAGGUGAUGCGGCGUCUCAUCUGUCGCUACAUCCACCAGACGAAGAAGCAGCUGCGGCAAGAUGGCGUCAACGAGGAUGAUCUGCUGGAAAUCAAACAGGACAUCUCCAGCCUCAGAUUCGAACUGCGCGAGGACCGGAAGCGAGAAGCACUUCGCAGCACGGGCAACAUGGACAACCUGCGCCGCGACAUCCGUCAGUCCUUCAUGUCUCUCUCUCCGGCCAUGGGUCAGCGCGUCGACCGCAACUCCUUCCACUCCAGCUACCCUCAACCCCCGGGGUUGUCGCUGGGGCACGGGAGCUCCGUGCCGCUCUCGGGUCAAGGCCUCCUGUCCCCCGAGGAGCUGGAGCAGCUGAAGCGCGAGCUGGUGGCGGAGCUCAAGGAUGAGGUGCGGAUGGCCGCCAAGCAGAUGAUGGCCUCCUGCCUCUGUAACGGCAUGAUAGGGGGCGGGGUGUAUGCCGGCGGGGGCGUCUUGCCGGUCCCACAGGCCGUCCCUCAGCUGACCUCUGACCUUUACCACACUCACCUGUACACACAGUUAUGAUGUCAAUCCCCUGGCGCCGUCUCCUCGGGAAAACGGCGCUGAACAGGUUAAGUUCAGGUGUUUGAAGAUGCUAGAAAGGUCUGCUACCGACACCUUGUCGAGACCUUUCUUAAAGUGUGAAAAUAUGAACAAGUAUCCAUGGUGAUAAGGCCUUGACACAUCGUUACCAUCGCAUUGUGAUUGAUUACCACAGAAUAGAUUGAUCAUUCCCUCUGUUACAAAAUAAACAAACCGGUUGUUUUCCGUUGUUUCUACAUUUGACCAGUUACCAGACUAACAAUGACUAUAAUGAACAGUCUGUGCGAGAUGAUGUCAAGCACCAGUGAUGCUGCCCUUGAACUGUGGGGCCAGGUCAUGGUUGUCCAACGACAGUUGGCAAUCUUAAGGAAGUAACGGUUCUUUCACCUUGCUACUUAACUGUGACAGAAGCCGUGUGUGCUGUCAGGUGGGAUGCUGGAUCACACGAUCCACCCAACACAUGAAAAUAUUUUUCUUGAAGGGUGCUAAAUGGACACAGGAAGCUUUCGACAGCUUUAACAGCGACCACUCAGUACUUUUUAUGCAAGGACAAUUCCAAACCCAUAAUAUCAAAGAGAAAAGAACCUUCAGCAGACAUGUUGGAGAUGUUGCUGGGCGACGGACAAUGAAGGAGUUAAUGAAAUAGCUUGUAAUGAAUAAUUUCCUACCAUCCCAAUGCCAGACUUGUGUUGCUGUCUUGGAUAGAUGUAGUAUGUAAGUAUAGUAUAUAAGGCAGCACCCAGACAUCGGUGUCUAGUUGUAGUCAAUGGUGUCAGAUCUUAGCAACGCCCACUUAUUUUCUGCUUCGCUUUGAGGAAGGUGGAUACAUGUCUGUGUAAAGGUGUAUACAGGUGUACAGAUAUUUGUUGAUUUCAAAUCCGUAUGAAAACUCUCGGCAUUUAUUGACAAUCAGUACCUCGGUGUCUUUGUGCUUGGAAAUAUUCUACAUCUGUACACAUGUUUGCGCGAGUGUACGUUUACAUCUUGGUAUUUCCUGUGUGUGUGUGUGUGGGUGUGUGGGUAGGUGGCUCUGCUUGUCCGUUUGUUUUACUUGUCGGAUGUGUGUGUGAGAGAGAGAGAGCGUGUGGGGAAGGUAUGCGUGUGUCUGUGUAAAACUAUGUGCAUGCGAGUGUGUGUGUGUGUGUGCUUUUAGGAAGUUUGCUGCUUGACUUGUUUCUCUUGUUUCAAUGACCAUUGCCUAGAAACUUGCUUCCAUCUGUAAACUAAAUUUUGAUGAGAGCCUCAUAAUUUUGUAAUAAUUAUAAAUUAUUGUACUGGCAUAAAAUUUUAAAAUCCAUGCUAGUCAGAGAGCUUGUGAGGUGUUCCUAUAGAAGGUUGUGAAUAUACUUAGAAUAGCCAACAGACUGGUGAACAUUCCUCUCAAAGUUUUGAUGAAUGGUUACAGGAUGACCAAACUAUUUUCUCCUGGACCUUGGUCUUGUACAUAUUUUGUGACAACAGGUAGAACUACUAGAACUAUGAAAGCUUUGCCAUGUGAGGUGUUCGUGUCCAGUUUUGUCCACUUUCCACGUUUCACCAUCGUCUGUGAUAGAUGUCAGAGGACUACGAGCAUUGUCGAUGCAUUUGUCGGUGCCAGGUGUGUAAUUAUACAUAACUCAGUCUGUGAUCCAAUAUUCAUGCACAGAAAUUUGUAGAAAAUGUAAAAAUUUCUCUUGCUUCUGCAUGCUGCGAGACUGACAAUGAAAGAGAGAGUGAUAUAAAGAGAGAGAGAGAGUGAUAGAAAGAAAGAGAGAGAGAGAAAGAAAGAAAAUGUAAUUACAAGAUUUUAUAGCUUUUUUCAAAGUCGUGAUGAGUUGUCAAUAGCAAUAUCAUUGUAUGAAAAUAAUUUUGUACACUUGAUAUAAAGUAUGUCUAUACAAAGCUGUUACCGCACGUGUCGGCAUAUAAAUAGAAAGAGCGGGGAAGGUUUUGAAGAAAUGUUUUGUAUCUGCGAGGUAUUUGUCCUUGCUGAGGAAAGAUUGUUUUAUUUUGCUUGAUGAUGGCCAGAAUAAUUGCAAACGUGUUUACCAAGAACCAGCUUCGUGCGGAAUAUGAGGGUCCAGCCAUCAACGUGAUGUGGACAUGUCUCGCAGCUGCGUUGCCAGGCAACUUGGUGAAGAACGAAUAAAACGUUGUGUCCUUA